AUGGCGACGACACCUCCGCCGCCGUCAACUCUUCGGGUGCCUCCCACUCCACGACAUGGGCCCGGAUAUGACCAAUAUGAACCGUACUCUACGCGGCAUUCUGCCAGGCUAGCCGGUCAACGGGCAUCAAAGGAGAGACACACAACCCCUCCGCCAAAUUUCCCACCAUCGCAGAGUUUUAAAGGUACAAAGAAGCAACAUAAGGAACUGGGAGCAUUGUCACCACCCGAAUCUGCUCGCAGGUCCCCCCGCAAGAAGACAUCGGAUCGGAUCGACAGUUUUCUUGCCGCACAUUCGCUGGAUGGCGUCUCUGAACUAGACGACUCAGAUCCUUUCGGCGCCUCGGAGCCUUCCAACUCAACUCGCCCUUUACACGCAUUUCGGACCACCAUAUCACAGGGAAUGCUGCCAACACCUGCCAAAACGCCAAAGAAGAAAGCGGUUAGUAAUGUUGGAAACACGGCACGCGCUCUCUUUCCUCCCCCCUCGGGACGCACCAAAAAGAGCAAGAAAUACACCGGCUUUUCUCUGGAUAGCUUUGACGACAACGCUCAGGGCAGAUCUAAUAUCCAGAUUUACACCGACUCUCGUGACCGAAUUCCCGAGCCGGACGAAAGUGAAGACAACCCAUUCUGCAAGAAGCCCACGGUCCCUACUCGUUUCUCGAGACGCAGGGCAGAGCAAAGUAAGCGCGACAAGGAAGUUGACGAAUCAGUCAAACGUGACGAUGGCAUGACUUAUGUAUUCCGUGGCAAAAAAAUCUUCCGCAAGUUCGUCGAGCCAGUUGAGAGUGAUGGGGAUGAUGACGAUGACGACUUGGGCUUGCUUGCAGCUCGCCCCGAUCUGUUGGAUGAAGACAUUACUGCCAACGUUCGACCACUCACUCGCUCGUCCAUCAAGCCUCGCGUGCUCUUCCCCACUGCAAACGACCGCGCGCCUCCGUCAAAUCAUGUUAGCGAUGUCGAUGAAGAAGCAGCUACCGACAUCGAAGACCACAUGGUCGUUCCUAAUGUCGCAGAAGCCGUUGAUCGCCCCGUCGACGUUGAGAUGAAGCAGCGGCCAGUCACUCCUCCGCCAAAUAUUGUUGAUACGCCUCCCUCGCCUGGUGCGACAAUACGCUCAUUGCGUCCUCGAGCCAAGCGUGAUGAUUCGGAGCACAGAACACCUACGGUCCCAGAGACCAAAAAACGCGUUAGUCCCUUUGAUGGCUGGCUGAGAAGGAAACCGACUCCCGUGCCCGCAGGGUCCAAAGCCAAGAAGAGGGACGCUGCUGAGACGGCCGGCAGCCCCGGUGGCCCGGCUACCAAGAAAACCAGAGGAAGCCGAGCUGCUGUCACAUCGUCCUGA